AGACUUCUGAAUUACUUGACGAUGGUUGUUUGCCAAUGUGCCCUUGAAUAGCAAACUUGUCUACGCUUUCUUAGCAACCAUAGCGAUAUUCUGGUUCAUGUGUGUGCGUGUGUGCGUGUGCUGAUAGUAGUGUUUCCGAGAGCUUGACGCAGAGCUUGAUAUCUGAAAGUGUGGCCGCGUUUAUUUUAGAUGUGACUCCACGAGGUGUUCAUUACGAUGAGGGUUUGUGGUCGACCCUUGUUACUAAGAAGCGGAUACAGGAUAACAAAGGAUUACUCAGCGUUUAGGAGUUAGUGUUAACGGUGCUGGAAUUUAGGGAUUAGUCGAUUUCAAAUUUGGAUUGGUUUGCCGACGCCAGGGAUUGGCUGUCGUGGAAAUACUUUGCACAUUGCGCACUUGACUUUGAGGAUUAAUGGCUUAAUUGCAGAUGUACUAGUGAUAUGCAUGCCUCCUUGCAAGGUCUGGUUAUCGAAGUCGAAAGGGAAUUGAGGGAGGUAUUUAUUGCGUUGUCUGGUUGGCAUGGCGAAGAUGCAGCCCUCUGCGCCUAGGGAUAUUCUUCAAGGCGUCCAUAACUCGGUAACGGACAUGGUGAAAGACGUCGCCAAUGAGCCGUCAGUUGGUCUUUACUUCGUGCAGCAGCACGUGCACAAGGCUGUUCCAGGUUUACUAGCGCUUAAGAGCCAAAUUGUAGAAGAAGUACAAGAGGUUAUGCUGUACACAGAAGAUGUGAGAGAUGCCCUCACAUCCGUGAAAACAAUGAAAGAGGUUGGGCCCCCUGUGUUCAGCAAAAUGAUUGCCACACUUAAUGCUAGUCUUCAACUCCUGCCAACUCUUCACCACCCUGUAAAGAGCAGUCGACGCCCUAUCGCACACCUGCCUAGGUCUGCUACCCAUCAUGGUGCUUUGCCGUUCUCGGGGUUGCAGCAAGAGACUAAACACGGAAUACCCUUGGAGGGCGCUAUCCUGGAAGGUUCAAGAGAAUCAUCCUCAGUGUUAAAUUCAGUGAAAGAAUUCCCUUUUGGCUCAUCUCGGUUAUCAUCUUCUCAAUGGCAGGAUAACGGAAAUUUGCCUUCGACUCAAGCAGAGACCUCGGGUUAUGUAAGCAGUUUAUUCAACUCAGCUUAUCAGAGGGCCAGCAGUGUGACGAUGUCUAUGCCUAGUACUUUGGAAGCUAAGGACAGAGAUAUUGUUAAACAGGGCAUUGACACAAAUGUCAGCGUUGUACCAAAUCUUCCAGUAUAUAGUGCUUCUACUCCGGGUUCUCAUGGUGGUUACAUACCGAAUAUCCCGUAUUGGAAUGUUCUGGAGUCUGCAAUUCAAAAAGCUGGUCACAUAGUCGGUGCGGGGGGUAUUCGUUCUGGCAGUACGUCAGAUUCCUCUCGUAAACCAUCCUUGGUUCGAAGCUUUUCUGCUGUAAAUUUGCGAGAAUCUGCGCACGAAAAACCAGGCAAACCAUCGCUGGAAACAGCUGAUACUGGAGUAACCUCGGCCACAAGAUUAGACGCUCCAAUUAAUAGUAAUGACACCGAACUGGCUCGUGAACAUGAGGAGCAACGGCUUCCUGGCAUAACCGAGAGUCAAACCAAGUUGGCUGAUUGGUUAAGGCUUCCAAGUACUGCCCUUCGAAACCUUAGUCGGAGAGAAGGGACUGAAAGUGAUGGGCGGGCGGACCAGUUUGAUCUUCAAAACUUGCCGACACAAGGGGAUCAUGAGCAAGAUGAAGAGCCUGAACAUCCAGAGUUGGAUUUGGAAGAACCUGAGGUAGUUGAGGGUUAUGCAAAAUUACAAGCAGAACAGGCAGCUAAACUUGAAGCAUGGUUAGAGGAUUCUAAAGAGGAAGAAGCUCCUUCACGGUCUUAACUGGCCAUCUAAUGCAGAGCGUAAUAUAGCUAGGACAUCCUGUGGUUUUAAAGUAUUGGGCAAAUAGUUGGCAAUGUUAUAAUUGCGGAAGGAACUCAGCCAUCAUCAAACGGUGAACACGUUGUGCAGCCGGACUGAUGUCAUACUUAACUGAUAAAGGGGCUGCAACACGAUCGCGUCCAAGAGUAUGGAGAAUGCAUGUAUAGAUGCAAUGACGUCGUGGAGAUGCUGGAGCUCUUGUCAGCUGACUGCAGAUAGCAGUGAUUGAUGAUCACUAGCUAUGUCGCUGAAUAUGGAAAGCUCAGACAUUCGCAGCCCAGUGCACUCGCCGUGCAUCUGUCACGGCAAGGGAAAUGUUCAUUUUAGAAAUGCUUGAUACAAUUUAGAGUUCUAGAUGUAUGCCGUGUUAGUUGCAUUCCGCGAUUGAAGAAAAAAGAGUUUUCUUUGUGACUAGGUCUAGCCUCAGACGGAAUAUGCAGUCUUCGCUAACUCCUACAGUCAGUGUCUCAAGUUGCCGUGGGUUCUCAUGUCUCUUGUGUGGUCAGCGUGUCGCUUGAAACAUACUUAGUACCAGGCCUGUGAUUCUCAGAACACACAGGAUUGUAAUUAAUGAAGUAUAGGUCACGUGAAAGCUGGGGAUUUGUUAGAAAUUAUUGCUGUCAGUACACAAUCAUUGACAGGUUUCAAAACAUCCAACAAAUCAAUCAUAUACAGAAUCAGGUUUUGAUUUUUUUUCACCCUCA